AAUGCCCACAUGCACUUUUUGUGCAUUGUUACGCUCAUAGGUUGAAUUUAGUGCUGGCGCAGGGGACGAAGAGUAUUAAAGAUGCCAAGAUGUUUUUUUGCCGCACUGGACUGUUUCCACAAUUUUUUUCUCUCGAUCACCCAAAAGAACCGCUUUACUGACUGAGGCUGACAAUUCAGUUUGGAUUCCCGAAGGGCUCGGCUCUCCCAGUGGAAAUUUAAAAGCCACGCAGUGAAUGCAGUAUGUGAAGGUCACCAGUGUGUCAAUAUAGUCUUUGACCGAAUCAUAACGGAACCAGGAUGGGAUAAUGACACAAUCGCUCAGGCCAUGGCACUCAAACAGAAAUUGCAGGAUUUCAAGUUCAUGUUUCUGCUGGAUGUUUUCUGAGCAAUUUUUGGACACACCAAUGUUUUGAUCUAGGUUCUCCAAGCUAGGUCCCUUGAUUUGCGACGGUUGUUUGACUACAUAGAUGCGACCCUUAAUUCACUGAAAGCACUUCGUACUGACACAACACUGUCCGUUCUGUUGGGCAAGAGGAUCACCGAAGGAAGCGGCGCCGUCAGUGCUGGCAAGACUAAGGAUUUAACUACAGCAAGCAGGGUGAAGAUUCAAGCAUCACUGACUCUUAUCGAUCUCUGUUCUAUGAAAUCAUGGAUGCAAUUUAUCUGUCAGAUGACAGAGAGAUUUAGUGAUAUGAAAUGAAUUUUUUUCGACUUCUCGACUUUGCAGCAUUUGCAGAUUUUGCUAAACAAAAAGGGUUUCCUGAUGAAGAAAUGGCCACACUUUUAAAGGUCUACCCCUUCUUUGACAGUUGGUGGUUGAAAAAUUAGCUGCUUGUGGUCUAUGAAGAUAAGCAUUUCCAUAAAGUACCGAGGGAUUUACUUCAGAUGAUUAUACAGGACGAUUUGCAUAGCACCCUGACAGAACUGGUCAAAUUGCUGAAGUAGAUGCUAACAAUUCCCAUAACAGCUGUGUCUGCUGAAAGGUCUUUCUCUGGCUUGAAGACAGUGAAAAAAUAUAUUCGCAGUAACUGUGGACAAGAUAGACUAUCACACUUGGCAACAAUUUCUCUGGAGUCAGCCUUAAUUGAUGAAUUGAAGAAGACAGGUGUAUUCUACAACAGAGUCAUAGACACAUUCGCUGCUAAAAAGGACAGGAGGAAGGAUUUUUUCUUCAAGUAAUAGGGCUAGAAUUUUACAAUGGGUAACAAUACAUCUUCAGAAAGCAGUUCAAUUCCUCUCAAAAGCAAUAUUAAUCUCGAAGACAAUAAAGCAACAGUAUUAUUCAAACAGGAGACAGCAUGUAAUUCAAAACAGGUGACAUACAGAAUUCCAGCUCUCAUCUAUAUCAGUAAAGAUCAAACCUUCCUUGCCUUCGCUGAAAAGCGGAAAACUGCAGACGACGCAGAUGCAGAAGUGCUUGUGAUGAGAAGAGGAUCAUGGAAAGAUGGCAAGAAUGAAGUUGAGUGGGACAGUGGACAUCAGGUGCUCACAGCUUGUCUACCAAACCACCGCAGCAUGAAUCCAUGUCCAGUCUAUGAGAGCGAUUCCAAGACCCUCUUUCUGUUUUUCAUUUGUAUUCCCAAAGGGGUCUCAGAAAAGGACCAAAAAAAACAAAAAAAGAACCAGGCACGGCUUUGUUACAUAACCAGUAAGGACACUGGCAAAACAUGGAAUGAUAUUACUGACUUGAAAGAUGUGAUCAGUGAAAAGGAGAAAAACUGGGCCACCUUUGCUGUUGGACCUGGACAUGGUGUUCAAAUAAAGAGCAGACUGAUAAUUCCGGCCUAUGCAUAUUGCACAUCAUGUUGCUGCUCACCAUGUUGCUGCUUAUCAUGUUGCUGUUUCACACCUUAUGCUUUAGCAUUCUACAGCGAUGAUAAAGGAAGCACAUGGAAAGCAGGAAAACAAAUGGCUGUUGAGUCAUGUGAGUGUCAGAUGGCUGAGAUCAUCGAUGACAAAGGUAAAAAUACUCUGUACUGCAAUGCCCGAACCCGCCUUGGCUAUAGAACGGAGGCGCUAAGCUACAACUCUGGAGAGGGUUUUGACAAAGUCUUACCCCCCAAAAAGCUAAUAGACACUGGAGAAGGAUGCCAAGGCAGUGUGUUGAGUUUUGUUGGACAGAGUAGUCCUCCAAAGACAUGGCUGCUCUACUCUCAUCCAUCCGAUCCAAAAAAUAGAGUGAAUCUUGGACUGUACUUGAAUAAAUCCCCAUGGGAUUCCUCAGGGUGGCCUGAGGAACCUUUACUUAUAUUACAUCGUGGUCCCAGUGCAUAUUCAGAUCUGGUAGAGUAUGAGCCUGGACAUUUUGCUUGUCUCUUUGAGUGUGGGAAGGAACAUGAGAAGGAAGAAAUAGCAUUUCGGCUGUUCAAACUCCCUUAGAAAAAAAAGUAAAUGUGUACAUUUAUUAUUAGUUGAAUGCUCAGUAAUGAGUCAAGUCCCUUCAAAUGAAUUAUGGAUCUAAUGUAAUCUCUUUUUCAUUUAUAACAUUAAAUACUUCAUAGAG